GGAUUUAGAAAGACUAAAAAGAAGAAAAGAAGAAAGAACGGACGAAACCCAAGUGGUUUAUCUUGGAAAUAUUCACCCCUCAACUAGGUCUAAAGAAAUUUGUAAUUAUAUUCGUGCUGGUAAUCAAUACAUCCCAAAAAACAAAAGACUUAAGGCUGCUUGGGGGGACAAUCCAGGACCAUUGCCUAAAGAUAUAAAGUAUGAAGUGAAUACCAGGCGUGCUUCUCGUAAUAUUUAUAUUGGAAAACUUGGUGAAGGAGUGACUGAAGAAAAACUACGUAAUGACUUUAAAAAGUAUGGUGAAAUAGAAUCAACCAAUAUUGUCAAAGAAAGAUCAUAUGGAUUUGUCAACUUUAUGUCUAUUACUUCCACGAUUAGUGCAAAGAAACUUAUUAAAGGAAAAGAUGAUUACAAAGACUGUUGUAUUAAUUAUGGAAAAGAUCGUUGUGGUAGUCAUAUAAAAAAUAACAAAAAUAACAAAUAA